UCACUUUAAGUCAGAGAUGCGCAGACAGGAAUGACGUAGUUGAGUACACGGCUUCAACAGACUGAUAAAAACAAGGAAGUAGCCAGGAAGCGAGUUUUGUUUUUUAAUACACCGUUCAAAAUUUAUUUGUUUUCGACAAAGAACAAUGAACAACAAAGGGUCAUAUCCACAACAGACCUUGUAUCCUCAGCAGAGCACAGCACCCAUAUACCCUCCCGCUAUGCAAGUGCCACCACCCCAGGUACCCCCAUACACAGAUGCCCCUCCUGCCUAUUCUGAGAUCUAUCAGCCACGGUAUAUGCACCCACCCCAGGUUACUGGCCAGCUACCUCCAAUAACCACUGCAUACCCUGCAACUCAGAUGUUUGUGCCCAUGCCCCAGACCGUGCCAGUUGGCGCAAUGGCCCCUAAUGUUCCCAUGGGUUACUACCCCAUGGGACCUGUGUAUCCUCCAGGCUCCACAGUCCUAGUGGAAGGAGGAUUUGAUGCUGGAGCUCGAUUUGGCCCUGGCAGCUCUGCUUCCAUACCUCCCCCUCCUCCUGGACAUGCUCCAAAUGCAGCGCAGUUGGCAGCAAUGCAGGGUGCAAAUGUGAUGAUGACACAACGCAAGAGCAACUUCUUCAUGGGUGGUUCAGGAGGGGGUUACACUAUUUGGUAACAGUGAAAAGGAGCUGAUUGGACCUUGACGUUUCCCUCUGUCUGGUGUUCUCUUUCUUCCCAUCUCUCCUGCCUCACCAGGAGCAGCUUGGCCUAUGCCAUGAUAGUGAUACAACAGAAUGUAAUGUUUUAUAGUACCCACUGACAGUACAGUACUUUGUUGAUGUCUUUCAGUUUAAAAUAUAUGCUAAAAUAUUGUAAACUCCUACUUUUAGACUGUGUUUAUGUAUGGGUGAAAAACAGAAUAACAUUUAUUUUUAGCUAAUUUCUAUUUCUAUCAAUGUGGCAGAUAAAUGAUAAAUGUUCUUAGAAUUUUCAUUGUUUAACAAUCUACCACAACCUUAUUACUACAGUUUUUAUGUUAGCUCUGCCUUGCUAUUAUUUAUUUACACAUUGUACCAAUUAAAUUGCUUCUAAUAAUAAAAAAAACAUACAAUAACAUCAGUUAUAUAGUAUAUUUUGCACAUUAUACUUACAACAGAGUACUGUACUGUACUUUUGGGAAAGAGUAGACAAAUAUAAUUUGGUGUCAAAAUUAACCACUGCAACUUUAAGAUUUACAAAUUAUCAUGCAGUAAAUAAGCCCUCAUAUUUGAUUCAGAAUGUUGGUUGGCUUUUUUUUUAUUAUUAUUCUUUCGUUAUCAUGUCGGAUACCCAGAACUGUACACAAUGCUGUGUUUAGUUUAGCAAAACGACAAUUUAAUUUUUUUACAAAGAGUUUGUGCUUUAAUUCUUUAGCAUUAUUCUCACAGUUUAAUAAGAAGUUUAGAAGGUAAUCAAGCCUUUAUUUCCAGGAAUGUACUUAAGCACAUAAAGGAAAAAAAAAAUUGUCUUGUGAACAUUUAAAUGUAUGACCAAGCAGCUGGUUGUACCAAAGAUCCGGAUAAAAAUGCACUAAAAGCUUUUAAUGUGACUUGAAAAAAAUCUCUGAAUAAUUCUGCACAUAUGAUAAAUUAAUAAAUAGUACAUAGACAUAUCAAACAUCGAUAACUGCAUAAUAAUGAUUCUGCAUGCCUUUUGCACUUUUAUUCAAAGCGAUUUUGUUUUAGUAAGGAUUUAUCAGUGGUAAUUUUUAGAAAUACUACACAUAUUAAUUUAUGUGCACUGUCAACCAACUCUGAAAUGUUAGAAUUUUUGGAACUUGUUUUUUGUACUCUUGCUUUAUACAUGCAAAUACAGUGUCAGUCAUUAAAUGUUGUUGUGUGGA